CGGGAGAUCUUGGGAACCAAAAGAGAGGAGUGAGUGCCAUCUAAAUUUAGCACAGGCACAUGUGCUUUAGGUCGGAAGCGGCCGGACCGCCACUCAUUCAAUUUCGUUUUCAGAGAUGCAGAAGUAAGUGUGACGCGUGUUUCGCACUCCAUGAUCUCUGCGUUGUCCUGAGUAUGAAAGCAGCAGGCAUAUCAAUUAGUGUCAUGUAUGACUGUUCUGGAACUUUGUCCUGCUGAUCUGGCAUUCCUCCACUGAGUAAAUGUUCAUAUCUGGCUAUUAGUGUUGGAAACUCCACCCUUAAUGGUUCCUCAGAGCCUGUCAGCGUGAAGUUAGCUUCCCUGUACCUUUUGAUCUGGGGCUAUCAGUGAACAACUGUGUACCAUGUUAUAAGGUAAGGAACAGUCGAUAUGAAUACAAUCUGGUCAACAGUCAAGUCACAUCCUUACAUUAUCAAUAUUGUGGGCUACACGACUUUAUUUGCCACUGCGGAUGUCAUUCAACAAAGCAUGUUGGGACAGCAGCAGGAGAAAAAUCAUUUGUGCAAUGUGGCAACUUUGGAAAAUGAGAAACCAAGAGAAUCUGAGGGGAUAUCAAUAGAUGAGGGAGGAAAUUUGACCUCACAGUUGGAAUCGUCAUUAAAAAUGCCCAAAAAGUCAAUGGAGUUACAGGGGCCAGUCCAGACCAACACUAAACCCAGUGAUAACUGGAGGGCAGGACUAAAUUUACAAGUCACAGAACCCUCACUGUCAACAAAGGAAGCAGCAUGGUCUCCUAUUAACUGGUCCCAGACUGAACGAGUGGCACUUGUUGGAUUUUGUUUUCACGCCAAUUUCAACUACCACUGGCUAAAGGGGCUAGAAAGAAUGUGGCCAGGGGGAGGAGCCAAAAGAAUAUCCUGGAAAGUAUUGCUGGAUCAGCUGAUUGCAGCUCCUAUAACUAUCAGUGUCUUCUAUAUUGGGUUAAGCACCCUGGAGGGAAGGCAGGACAUCUUCGAAGACUGGAGGGAGAAGUUCUGGACCUCCUACAAAACUGGAGUGAUAUACUGGUCAACUAUGCAAGCAGUCAAUUUCUUGCUGGUUCCUCCAGUGGCACGGACGGUGUUUGUCGGAGGCAUCGCUCUGGGUUGGACCGUUUUUUUGUGUCAUCUUCGACAGCAGAGAGGAUGAAUGUUAGAACACUAAAAUUCCUGCUUCCUCAACUCUGAACCUUCUUUAAACCUAAAUAAUUUGUUUUUAAGACGUAUAAACAAAUACACUAAUCCCUCACGUAACAAAAACCCAAUGCAACAUCUUAUAGUAAUGUAUACUCUUUUCUUCUAGAACAUGCAACUUCCAUACAGCGGCAUUUAUGCCCGUAAUACAGUUGUUUUAUUUCAUUGUGCAAUCCUGGCAAACACCUAACAGAUGAACUAUAUGAUUCAGCAGUAAAUCUUUUGUAAGUGCUUCCUCACAACACAACUGUCAUCCCUGGUGAUCAGUUCAGAGCAGCCAGUCCGCACAACAUCAGAAAAGUAAACAAGGAAUAAACACUUAUGAUAACAUUUAAGAAAAUUACAAAAAGAAUAAAUUCAUUUAACUAUGUACAGAAACUUUGAUGAAAAUUCAGUUCAGUUUACUUUUUUACAGAGAAACUCCUCACUGGAGUGACACAGAGAGCUGUACAAGAUUGCAACACAAUUCAGUGAUAAUGCACUAAUGCACUACACCGAAUAUGGAGAACAAUCCACACCAAUCACAUCAAUCUGCUAAGGUUAAUCUAAGGUUGCAUCUGAAAUGUCAUGAUUAUUUUUAUUAUCAUUAG